UUCAAAAGGAAAAGAGAAAAUACAGUAGAAGGGAAUGAAAUAGGAGAGCGGGAAAGGCAUUUGGAGAGUGGAGAGAGCAAUUGGAAGCGAAGAAGGCAAUGGGUUCCAAAGACAGUUGCAGAACCGAACUUCGCAUUGCCAUCCGCCAACUCAGCGAUCGAUGCCUCUACUCUGCUUCUAAAUGGGCAGCAGAACAGUUGGUGGGUAUUGAGGAAGACCCUGCCAAGUUCACUCCUUCGAAUACGAGGUUCCAGCGUGGGAGUUCGAGAAUUUGCCGCAAGUCUAGGACUCAUGAGACUGCUGCGGUGAUCACCCCGGUCGUGGGUGUUUUGUAUGACGCCACACCUGUGAAUGUGAUGGAGAAGGAUGAACUUGUAGAUGGUGAUUUUUACCUCUGGCAAAGUCCUAUUUCGGUUGCCGUGAGUAUAAGACAGCUGCUCAUGUUCUUCGUGCGAACAAACAGGAAGGAAAUCAGUGUUCUUGCGCUGUUAUGCUCUCUGUCUGGCUGGAGAAAAGCAAAAAGAGGAAGAGACGAUAGAACUUGGGGGGCCUCUGGGUAAGAGUGAUGCUAUCAAUCACGAACUAGUUUCUUUGGAGAGAGAGUUGUCAACAAUUCGCAAGAAUGGCAAAGUUGAUCCUUUUUGUUUGUAUUUAUAUGGUCUUGUGCUCAAACAGAAAGGCAACGAGAACCUCGCAUGUACAGUUCUUGUAGAAUCUGUGAAUUACUACCCUUGGAACUGGAAUGCCUGGACCAAGCUGCAAUCCUUGUGCAAAAAGGUUGAUAUCUUGAAUAGUCUGAAUCUCAAUAGUCAUUGGAUGAAGGACUUUUUCCUUGCCAGUGUUUACCAAGAAUUAAGGAUGCAUAAUGACUCUCUGUCAAAGUAUGAAUAUCUACUAGGAACCUUCGGUUAUAGUAAUUACUUACAGGCACAAAUUGCAAAAGUCCAGUACAGUUUGAGGGAAUUUGCGGCUGCUGACUGAUACUUGAUCCACUACACUGUUAUAUGCCACUCUGUGCUACUAUAUGUAUGCCAUUGAUUACUUUGUUCUUAGGAGAAGGUCCUUAACCUAUGUGAGACGUGUUUAAUAAGCCUAAAGCAGGGGAAUUUGUUUAGCACACAUACACGGGGAGGGUUAAGGGUUAUGAACUGCUCUGUGUUGUCUGCAAUUGUUUGAUCCAAUCCAUGUGCUGUUUCCUGAUUUCUACUUUGGCUAUGUUGGGAGGGGCUGUAUUUGAUAGACACCCAUUUUUGUGGUUGCUGUUGCAGUUAAUUGUGAACCUUAAUAUUGCAGAAAAUUGUGGAUACAUGUGGUUGAUACAGCUGCAAUUGCAGUUGCGAUGCAUUUAUGGAACACAGUUUAAACACAAAGGGAAAUCUAAUAAACAUGUGUGAACUGUGAAAUAGAAGGGGUGAGAGAGGUGGCAAAGGGAAAUUACCUGAAAGGGUUAUGGAAAAUGAACCGACAACAGUUAGUAACCAUUAGGAUGCAACUUCAUGGUAUACUAUUUGGUACUAACAUUGAUCCCACAUUGUACAUAAUCUGGGAUUCAACUUUCCAUCCAAUUAUUUGUGUAGGAUAUAUACAUACGUACAUAUAUAUAUAUAUAUAUAU